GUUGCGUCAGUCUGCCUUUAUAUCCGCCUUGUGUACGCGUCGCAGGUUGGGUUUUGUCUCUCUGGUAGCUUGAGCUCUCAAAGGGAAAGAAGGAACUGAAAGAACGUGUAGCACUGGUCUCUAUAGCGGCUUGAAUUAAGAGUUUGGAGAUCAAAGAGUGCAGUCUGGUCGUCGUCUGUUUACGACAAACUUUCGCCACUUCUAGAGCUGCAACAUCCACACUAAUCAUCAGAAGAUCAGUUUGUAUAAGAUGGGAUCUGAUCCGAGCAAACUGUGGAGUGAAGUCAACAGCAUAGGUGGGCAGUGUCAAGAAACAGGCUUGCACUACGCAGCCAGAGAAGGACGGUUACUUAUUUGCGAGGUUUUGCUACAACAAGACGCGAGCAUCAACAUGCGAGACAAACACGGACGCCAGCCGCUUCACCAGGCAGCUCUAGGCGGCCACACGGACGUCUGCGAACUUCUUGUCAGUCAAGGAGCUGAUGUGACAGCCAGAGAUCAUCAAGGCAACACACCUCUAAUACUCGCUGCUUACAAUCACUGCUCUCCAGCCACAUGCAAACUCCUCAUCACAGCAGACAACAUCGACGUGGCCGGCUCGGGUAGCAAUCGAGCUUUACACGUUGCCGCAGCCCAGAACGACCCUCUAACGGUUGAGACGUUGCUAGAGUGUGGAGCUAACGUCAAUGCGGUCAACCGCAAUGGACAGACGGCAUUACACACAGCAGCCGGCCUCGAGCAAGACUCGUCCUACUUGUGCAAAACUCUACUGUCCUACAAUGCGAAUGUGGCCGUAGAAGACGAAGACGGUAACCGGCCUCUUCAUUUGGCGUCUAGGCGCGGCCAUAUUGAAACGGCGGGAACGCUGGUAGCUCAUGGCGCCGACACAAACGCUUGUAACAACGACGGACGGACUUCCCUCCACGAGGCAAUUAUCUACGGCAUGCAGUACGGGUCGUGGCGUAUGUGUGAGGUGUUGUUCAGCCACAGUGCAGACGUAAAUGUGGCGGACAGAAAGGGAGACACUCCUUGUCAUUUGCUUGCCGCUCAAGCCACUUACUCGGGCGUCGACUGUAUCCGUCUACUGAGCGAGCACGGAGCUGAUUGGUCAAUGAGGAAUAAACGCGGGCUAAGCGCACUGGAGGUAGCGCAACUGGAAGAGAACAGGCACACUGUUCCGCAUAUCCCGUAUGUGGAUACCUCUAGAGGUCGUUCACUCUCUAGACCUGCGCGAAAUGAACAACAAGUUAGGGAUACGACGCCGGCAGUUGUUGCGCGUCGACGUUCUCUUCCUGCAGUGCAGAGACCGAGGGAACGACGGAGCGAGACCGAGCAGUUGGUAGACGAGCUUUUAGUGCAAACGAACGCCUUGCACACCGACAGGAAUCGACUAUUACAGAGGGUAGCGCGACUGGAGGCUCAGAUAGCGAUGAUGACGAGACGUGUGGAGGAAACAAAACAUGAACAAGCAUGAAAUGAUACCAACUGACGCUCGUGUUGAAUGGAUUUGCUAUUACUGACGCUUGAAGGAAGGUUUGGGGCGCUUUGUAGUUUUACGUUUAGUUCGUAGUAUCUAGACGCAGUGUCCAAGCGACGCUAUUGGACUUUGACUGUGCGUGACUAACUGUUGCUGUUGUAAGCGAAUAACCUUUAGUUGCAAUGAAGCAAGUCUGAAUGCAGAUGACUAGCCGAGGCCGCCCAUACAUUUGAAGCUUGUUUGACCAAUUGGUGACGUGUAGGUUGCUGAGCAAUGAGUCUACGUUGGAUGUUAGCCUUUUGUGUAGCAGACAGGCCUACACAACGUAGUGGCGGAUCUAGAGGGUGUGCAGCAUUUACGUCCCCUUCGUUUUCGACCCAGAAGUAGUCAAUAGAAAUGGUUAGGAGGCAUGUGAGCAUGCGCAGACUGUAUGAUGAUUUUUGUUUUGUGACGUCAUACUAUCAAAAUAUUAGGAGCCUAAAGGGUUCCCCGUUUGAGAAAUUCUAGAUCCACCAUUGCUAACCACGUAGUUAAGAGAUUGAGCGCAAGGGUUGCACAUUUUAGGGCAGCCUACAUGCCCGUGGGAGAGACUGAAUAUCUGCCUUUGGGUUACGACUUACGGGGUUGUGCUCAGUUUUUGUGUUGUACAGUACUCAUGACUUUGAAUGUUUUAUCAUUGUGUGUGUGUGUGUGUGUGUGUGUGUGUGUGUGUGUGUGUGUGUGUGUGUGUGUGUGUGUGUGUGUGUGUGUGUCACUGUGUGUGUGUGUGCUCGCGCUGAUGUAGUCACGUGGUGAGCUCUAAUUCUACUACCUAGCGAUACAUCUUACUUCAAAGUAAUUAUAUCGUGAUAAAAUAGCGUUUGAAAUGACAGUGGACCUAGAGGCGUCAUGGGCGGGUAACCAAA